UUGAAUUAUUUGAAUCCCACCACUGGUUUGACCUGUUGAUAUCCUAAAUAUUUGUAGACUUUGCUUUCAUUCAUGGAUUCAAUUAUGUCUUUAUUUCUGAGUACAAAAUCAUCUUCCUUCCAGAUUGCUGUUUCUAUAUGAUAUUCUGAAUUAUCUAGGCCAAAAUUCAGUUGAAUGUCAGUGGAGUAAAUGUAAAAUCUAAUAGUUGAUGUAACUGUAUUUGUAUGAAUGUAUAGAGUUUUAUGUCAUCCAUGAACUUUACAUAUGUAUUUUGUUAUGUUUCACAUUGUAUCCAUAUUUGAUAUUUAAUCUAUUGGACAAUGUGUUCAAGGCCAGACAAAAGAAAAGUGGACUCAAUGAAUCUCCCUAGAAAAUGCUUCACUUUGUGUUUUUGGUUUGUUUUGAUAUAUCAAUAUGUGUUGAAAAGUUUAUACCAACUGUGUGUUCUUUAUAUUGCAUGUUGGAUGUUCUGUGUGCUUAUUUCAACACAGGACUUGAAUGAUGUCUCGUCAUGUUUUCUUCUUCCUCUUUGAUCCAGCUAGCUUCAUUUUUGUAUGGGACUGGAUUGGACAAAUGAGCAGACCAAGAUGUCUACAAGAUAAUAUUCUUGAACAGUUUGAACAAAGACAAAAGCAAAUGGAACAAGAAAAUGCUAAGAGGAAAUCACUUUUGACUAAAGCUAUUGCUGAUAGAAAAAAACGAACUGAAGCAGAAGCUCAGAAAUUAAUUAAAAUUCAGAAAGAAUUAAACCAUUUGGAUUCACUUUUAAGUGUUGAUGUUUCUAUUUUAAGAAAUCAAAUUGAAAUAGCAAGUAUGGAAUUUACUGAAGCUCAAAAAAGAUACCAGAAAGCAGAGAAAGAAUUUGUUGUAGCUAAACUUGAAUUAUUUCAAAAGAUGCAGCAAAAGGAGAAAUUAACUGAACAUCUUUGUACUAUUAUAGAACAGAAUGAAGCACGCAAAGCACAGAAAUUAGUUGAAUUAAUGCAACAAUUAGAGAUGGAUUCUUUGAUUGAAACAAAUAUUAAUGGAGUGGGGAAUGUAUUACCUCAGUUAUGUGCUCUAAACAACAUAGAUUAUUCUCUUUGUACAACAAUAAAACCUCCAUAUGUAGGAAAUAUUGAUAAUGCUGCAGAAAACAAUUCGCAUGACGAUGAUAAUUCAACAGAUGAGAAAAACUCUAGUCAGUGUGAGAUGUCAAGUAAUGAAACACUAGAAGAGAUAAAAUGUGAUAAUUGUGAAACAAAUACAAAUAAAUUGGAAACAUUAUCCAACACUGAAGACGUGAAUUCUAAUGACAUUACAGAAUAAGUAUUUUAUCAUAAACACACAUUUUCUUAUUGAUUUUUAAGUUUAUGUUAAGGGUAUUGAGUUAUGAAUAAUGCUUGAUUAAUAUUUAUUGCUACUUGCUAUAUUUAUUUAGAAAGAAAAUUUAAACUUUAUUUUAAUUCCUUCUUAUGUAUUAAUGAUGAUUAUUUUUUGUUUCAUUAUUAUAUUUUUUCCUGCAAAUAACCCAUUUAUAUUUAUAGAGUAUUAUCUUAAAAUUUGGACAAUGCGUUAUCUGAUGCAUCAAAUAGUUAUAAAGCUAUCAUAUCAAAUAACAUUAAAACUUAAGAAAGGAUAUCAAAAAUAUACUGUAUACAAUUCUAGGUAUUUCUGUGAUUCAUCUUAAAUAUAAUUUUAUUAACAUGUUGACAUAAGUGUACAUAAAAUU